AUGAUUCGAUACCCAGCAUCCCCCCUUUUGAGCUUCUCUUCCAUCUCACCAAGACCACAACGCUCGCGACGAGUCUUACCAUCUCUCCGCUCAUUUUCUGUCAACGCAGUAGCAAGGGGCCCCGUCCUAAAUAUACUCAAACACGACCAUCACGAGCUAGGAGCAUACUACCCUCAUAUCGUCGGCGACAAGAGCGCAGACGAGCGGACCAGAUACCGGAAUCUCUUCGUGUGGGAGUUAGCACGGCACUCCGUAGCCGAAGAGAUAGUUAUUUAUCCGGCGAUAGAAAGACACGUGAAUAACGGGCGAGACAUAGCAAGCAAAGAUCGCGAUCAGCAUCAGAGCAUAAAGGACCAAUUAUAUCGCCUACAGAACCUAAAGGCAGAAGAUCCGGACUUCGAGCCGACGAUCCGGAGCCUAUUCUCCAAUCUCCAGCAACACGUCAAAGAGGAGGAGGAACAUGACAUACCAGAACUCGAAGCCAAGCUCGACGAAGACUCGCUGUUACGACUGAGGAACUCUUUCGAGCGCACCAAGUCCCUAGUCCCUACACGUAGCCAUCCGCGGUUGCCUAGGACUCUGCCGCUCGAGGCGGCCGCGGCCCUACUGGUCGCUCCUAUUGAUAAAUCGGGACGAUCUACCCGGCAAUGGACGGGGCAGGGGACAACCGGUGUCGUCGCCAGGCUUGGUAACCGGCGACCAGAUAUUUGA